AUGUCCCGCCAUCAGUUUGAUUUAAUAAUGUGUCUGAAGCAGCCUGGUGUACAGACAGGUCUUCUCUGUGAAAAAUGUGAUGGCAAAUGUCCCAUCUGCGACUCUUACGUAAGGCCCAAAAGGAAAGUUAGAAUAUGCGAAAGCUGUUCGUUCGGUAAACAAGCUAAAAAUUGUAUAAUUUGCAACUUGAAUGCUGGCGUCAAUGAUGCAUUCUAUUGCUGGGAGUGUUGCCGCUUAGGUAAAGAUAAAGAUGGCUGUCCUAGGAUUUUGAACCUUGGUAGUAAUAGGCUGGAUAGACAUUUCGAGAAAAAGAAAAAAGUAUAA